ACAGUAGUAUUAGCCGAAGUUAAACUCUCGAUUUGCAGUGUUGUUGUUUGUUGGUUCGGAGAAGUUAUUCGGGGCGGCUGGGAGCGUGAGUGACCUCGGCAUGUGGGAGGAUCAGGGACGGGGCAUCCGGGUCUCGCCGGCCGAGCUGCUCUGCAAAAAUGGCUGCGGUUUCUACGGCAACUCGGCCUGGCAGGGCUACUGCUCCAAGUGCUGGCGAGAGAGGGCCCGCAAACCCGAGGCCGACAGGCGGGAUCAUGGCUCGCAGAGCAUUUCAGGGUCGUCCCUCACUUUCUCCAAGUUUGAGGAGAAGAAGAAUUCAGAGAGCAACCGACGCACCAGUGCCAUGAAGAGGCUCUUCUGGGGGAGUCCACCUGCCCCCAAACGCUCAGAUGUGCCAGAGCCCCAGCCAGAGGCGCUGCAGGGCUUUGACGGCCUGGAGCCCGGAGACUUCACCAACUUUCUGAAACUCCUCAGAAGCCCCGCCUCCCAGCGCCUGCAGUCCCGAUGCUCCGCCUUCCUCAACACCAUGGAGGCCUACCAUAAUCUCGAUGUGGAAAAACAAGCGGACUUGGUUCAGGAGUUCUAUCAGAACAUUGCUCUUCACUUCAGCGGCCUGUCUGAAGCCAAGGUGGCUCAGUUGAUGGAGCACAUGGAGAAGCUGAUCAUGACGCGGCUCCACAAGUGGGUCUUCUGCCACGAUAGCUGUGAUGACGAGCAGAGGGACCUGACACUACAGAGAAGGAUCAAGUCUUUAAACUGGGUAACGCCUCAGAUGCUGCGUGUUCCAUUCCCCGAUGGAGGACCUGAAGUUAAUGAUCCCUACAUCCACGCCAUCACAGCCAUUAUUGAGAUGGAUGCCAAGCGUGCCCCCCAGGACAAGCUGACGUGCGUGUCGCGCUGCUGCCAGAACGUCUUCACGGUGCUGGCCUCCUCCAGCAGCAAGCCGGCGUGCGCAGACGACUUCCUGUCCGCCCUGAUCUACGUGGUGCUCAGUGCCAACCCGCCGCGCCUGCACUCCAACAUGCAGUACAUCAUCCGCUUCGGCCUGCCACACAGCCUCCGCAGCGGCGAGACCGGAUACUACUUCACUAACCUGUCGUGCUCGGUGGCCUUCAUAGAGAAGCUGGAUGCCAGAGCUCUGAACCUGAGCCCCGAGGAGUUCCAGCGCUUCAUGCAGCGCCGAACGCAGCACAGCAGCCUCUUCAACUACACAGACACCACCAACAACAACACCUCCACACUAGCCGCCAACAACAACAACACCACCACCACCACCGCAAACGGUGAGACCCUGCUGCCCUCUGCCAACGGCCCCAAGAGCCUUAGCAAGGGCCAGCAGCGCGGGCUGGAGGUGCGGGCCCGCCUGGAGGAUCUGAAGGGCCGGCAGGAGCGCGUGCAGAAGGGAGCCCUCUCUCUCCAGCAGCAGUUGCAGCGCUGGGUGCGAGACAUCCACCUGCAGCUGGACCGCGUCUACGCGGCGCACAGAGAUGACCUCACGGCCACGGAGGUGCGGGCCGACGACGACGUGGUGGUGGUUCAGGGGAAGGAGGGCAGCGGCGGGGACGGGGACAUGCUGGUGCUGCAGCAGGACGAGGACGCGCAGGAGGCCAACGAGACGGACUGCUGAGCUCAAAAAGGACACUACGUACAUUCCAUGGACACACCAACACUGCACAGCACAGCACAGCACGGCUCAAUGGAUGGCUGGCGAUUUUUGGAGCUGGCGAUUUUUGUGAAUACCUGGUUCCUGGUUGGAGUUUGCUUAUCCGAAACAUUCACUCACUGGGUGCUUUGAUGGGCAACCCCAACCAUGAACGGCAAAAAUCGUCAGUUGGAAAAAGUGUCAAAUCUGUUCAACUGAGUACAAUGGACACUUUGUGUCCAUUCUAAGACACAGAUGUAAUUUAACGUGCAGAUGACCUCACCGGAACAGAGGUGCACUGCACACCGAUGAAGAUAACGUCAUGGAGGAGGAGGAGAAGAAGAACAACAACAACAGCACCAGUGGCAAGGAGGUCCUGGUAUUGCAGAAUGACGUUGUGGAGGAGAUGUGCUCAAAUGAGGCUGACUGUUGAUGCGUAAAGACAAGGGGGGUGGGUGAAGAUGAUGGUGAAGGGUUCAUGUUAUUGUGUGUACGAAAUACAGGAGAUCUGUGCCAUUCUGUCUACUGCGUCACCAUGGGGACCAGGAGUAGGUGUGAAAAAUGAAACCUGGGGCUUGUACUAAGAAGCUGGUUCAGGAGUAAACCAGGUUACGUUAAGAGGUAAAUCCUCUUAUAGAAGAGCCUGGAGUCUUCAUUUUUACCAGGUGUGCAAAAAUGAGAUGUUGACUCUGGGAAAAAAUAUAAGAAGUGGGUGUUGGACAGGUGGGUGGGUUGAUGGAUAUGGUAAUGUGGUAUGUUAAGGUUCCUCAUGGUACACACACACACACACACACACACACACCUCACACGUUUUGGUAGCAUGUAGCGCUUUUAUUGUAGCUUUCGUGUUCAGCCUGUGCCAUUGUGUAUAUUACCAUGACACUGACUGUUCAGCUGAGCAAGAGGAGGGUGUUGAUGGUGAAUAACCAGUCACUAGUCAAACUUCUCCCGAAGUGCACACAGAUGGAUAGGGUCAGUUUACAACUUAUUCUGUGCCUUUGUAUGAACCAUCAUAAGACUGUUUACUAUUGAGAUGGUCAGAAGCUGUUUGGUUUACAUGGUAGAGGGGAAUAAUGCUCACUAAUGACAAGACACAAAAACAAGACUCGAGACCAAGAUGAAUGGAUCAUAUGGUCGAGUGACUUGGUUUGUCAUGGUAGACUAACUCGCCUCACAUGUUUGGUAGUACUUGUAGCUUUUGUAUUCAGACUGUAUCAUUAUUGUACAUCGUCAUCAGAGUGUGGACUGUUGAGCCCAAGGACUGAACAUUCCAUAGACACACAGCAAGGUUCAAUACACAGUGUUUUGAAGUAUUUGCAAUGAACCAUUUUCCAAAACAAAACCAGACCAGGCAGAUGCAUACGGUCAGAGAGAGAGGUUUCUUUACCCACUCACUUCAUGGUACACAAACACACACCUGGGAUGCAUUUCUGGAAAAUAUGGUUGCUAACUAUGUUAGCUACUUUGUUAGUUGCAAUGCAAUUUUCCAUUGGCAUCUAGUACUGAAGUUGCUAACUGCUAACAAUUACGCUUUCCAGAAAUGCACACCUGUUGUGAUCUCUGUGUGCAUCAUUGGUACAUGGUACACAGAUGCAUCACUUUUGGUGGUACUUGUAGCUGUCGUGUUCUGCCUGGGUCACUGUGUACACGAUUCUAUUCACUGCUCUUAAAUCUCAUUCAUUGCUGGUAAGAUAUUCAGCACACAUAUUGAUCCAAUACUACCUUAGCCUACUGAAUCACACUUUCACACUGUGGUAAAUGCCUUAACCUCGUCUGUUGACAUUCCUGCUAUAAGCUACUACAGUGCACGUUGUAUUCCUGAGAUUUACCUUUUGGCAUACUGAGUCCAUUAUAGAGUUUCUACUUUUGUUUAUCAAUAAUCUUGUUAGGUCAUUAUUAUGCAUCAUCGUUAUGUGAUAUGUAUCCUUAACGGAAGCUAUUGAAAGUAUUGAAGCGAAGGUGUACUUGAUGAUUUUUUACGUGUUGGUGAUUGCCUUUGCCUUGCCUUGAUGGGAGGCCUUGACUUACCCCUCUUUUGAAAGCACUAAAGAUUUAUGUGUAUGUCUUGACUUGACACGUCUGCGGUUUAUAUGAAAUGAAGGAACUGAAUGGGGUCUGAAAUAUGUAUGUGAAUAGAAAUAAAUGUGAUGGAAGGAAUAAA